UCGUAGGGCAGGGACUUUGCAGACGCCGCCAUGGCUGGCAGUGCUCUCCGGCCUGCGCGCUCCCUGCUCGCCGCCCUUCUGGCGCCAGCGCUGGUGGCAUUACUGGUGUCGCCGGCCCGGGGUCGCGGGGGCCUGGACCACGGGGACUGGGACAUGGGCUGGCGACUGCCUCCGCUGCCACCCCGCGAAGACGCGCCGCGCGUGGCCCGCUUCGUGACGCACGUCUCGGACUGGGGCGCGCUGGCCACUAUCUCCACGCUGGAGGCGGUGCGCGGCAGGUCCUUCGCGGACGUCAUCUCCUUCAGUGACGGUCCCCCGGGCGCAGGCAGCGGCGUGCCCUACAUGUACCUGAGCCCAUUGCAGCAACUAGUGAGCGACUUGCAGGAACAUCCAGAGGCUACACUGACACUGUCUUUGGCACAGACUGUCUUCUGUAGGAAACAUGGAUUUGAUCCCCAGAGUCCCUUGUGUGUUCAUAUAAUGCUGUCAGGAACUGUGACCAAGGUGACUGAGAAGGAAGCAGACUAUGCGAAGAAUUCAUUAUUCCUGCGACACCCUGAGAUGAAGACUUGGCCUUCCAGCCAUAACUGGUUCUUUGCAAAGUUAAAUAUAACCAACAUCUGGGUGUUGGACUACUUUGGUGGACCGAAAGUCGUGACACCUGAAGAAUAUUUUAAUGUCACGUUGCAGUAAGUGAAGCAGAAUAUGGUGAACUGACCCACCCCAGCAAAGAGCUGUAGAUGGCUCCGCACACUUAAGGGCUUGCUGUUGUCUGCAGCUUCCCUGGGCUGUCAGCGGGCUCUGUCACCCGCUGGUUGAUCUUGUUUGCUUGCCUGUUUACAGAAUGCUGUUGGUCCUAGAGUGGGGUCUCUUGGAAGAUGUGGUUGCUGGAUUUAAAACUUGUGUUUUGAAGCCAUUUUCACAGAAAAAUGCCAUUCAUUCUAAUCAAGGAUUUUUUCUUUCAUCUA